UUAGAGAUGGAGCUUGUUGCUCAUGUGGUGACCGUGAUCAGCAUCUAUGGCUGCCUUCCUUUGACCGUACUGGUCAUCUGUUGGGUGGUCUGCUGUUUGCAGGGACGAAACGAGCGCAUUCCUGUCAUCUAUUACACAAACCUCCUCAUCUCCAAUGUAAUCAUCUUCAGCACCUCGAUAUCUUUGUCAUCAAGAAACGACGAUGGAUAUACGACCUUCACUGUUGAUCCCUAUAUUUUCUUUAUUGGUCACAUAGCUAAUCCUAACUUAAAGAUGUGCAUUGCUAUUGAAAGAUAUUAUCUCAUUGCCCGUCCACAGAUGGAAUGUAUCAGACAAGCCAAAGGUGCUGUGGGUGUCUCUGCUCUGGUCUGGACUGUUUGUAUUAUCACUGUAACUUUUGGGAACUAUAUAUUGAUGGCUAUUGUUGUCUUCUUCCCUGGCCUCAUAUUCAUCUACGUCUUAGCUGGGAUGUUCUGCAUUUUGCCUGCUGCCACCUCUGUGCCCACUGAUGAGAAACAAAGAGUUACAGGAACUUUAGUUGUGCUGCUGCUUAACUAUUUCCUGAUGAUUUUUCCCAUGAACAUUUGGGACGUUUUAGCAUUUCACAGUUUUGACAAACUUGAAUAUCCAGAUGUGAUUUUGACUUCAUAUUGGCUCAGUCCCUUUGUGGACUUGAUUCUGCUUGUUUUCAUGCGGAAAGGGUGCAUUGACAAGAUAUUGUCAUGUCUGUGCUGCUGCAUUAAGGACAACAGUGCAAUAGAUGUCAGCGGCUCAUCAACAGCGACAACAGCAGUGUGAC